GUUCAAAUAUAUCAAUAUUCAUGUUCUAAGUUAUUGUCAUUUUGACGUAAACGUUUUUAAACCAAUGACACGAUACGAUUUAUUUUUCGAUUAUCUCUGAUAUUUACUCAUUUGAUAUGGUAAAGUCCCAACAGGUUCGAAUAAGAUCUUCCCAGCAUAUUAACAUUGGUUUCCCUCCCCCUUACUUAUAUUCCCCUGACACAACCUUCAUUAUGUAUGAUAAAAUCUUUGGGUUCAAAAAGUUUGUAAGCAUUGUAAAAUUGUUUCAACGGAGUUUCUCACAAAAAUCAAAAUACAGAUGUCAGCAAAACAUAUCUGUGUCCAAUAUCAACAACAAGAACGAUUUAUUGAAAGAUGAAAUAAGAUACUACGUGGAUAAGAAAAACCCUCAUGAAUACAAAUUAUAUGGUGUUGUAGCUGAUGCUGCUUCGUUGACAUUUCUUCAACGAAAGUCUAACAAACAACUGGGGGAACCAUUUUCCUCGAAUAGCAGUCUAUGGCAUUUCCCUUAUUAUAACUCGAAUGAUGAAAUGCUGCUAAGAGAUACAUGCGAUGUCAAAUUGGCUAUAAAAAGCAUAGGAGAUUACUCUUCAAAUGUAUAUAGAAAAGGUUACGAAGCCCUUCAGCAAUAUGUCAAUGGUGAAGUUUUAGACCAAGAGGUCAUUCCUGCAUUUACAGCGCUUGAAAGAUUUUAUAACAACAAAGAAAUUCAUGAAAGAAGCCUACAAAAGCUAAAGAAUGUAAAGCUGUCAGGAAGUGAAGUAACCAUAGUGAUGACCAAUCACCUUCUUUCUCAACUUAUUUAUCAUCCAACAAACUAUCUAAUUGAUGAGAAUUCAUUGGAGAAACCAGCUGGAGAAUGUCCCUGUGAAUGUGGCAGUCAAAUACACUAUGGAAAUACUAAUAUUGGAAGUCAUCAGCUUUUUUAUGGGCCAACAGACAUAAUAAUAUUUUCAUCUGCAAAGAAUACAAUAUGGAAUAAUUCAGAAAAUUCAUCUCUUUUCAAAAUCAUGGGUGGAGAGAAAGAAUGGAGGCUAGAAAAAGACAUUGAGGAUGAUAAGGAACAAUCUCAAGAUGAGCUGGACACCUUAGAGCUAAAUAUAGAAACAGAAUUUACAGAGAACCAAGUUAACCAAAUAUGUAAACAGGCAAUAGCUGUAUCGUUAUGGAAACAUAAAAAACGCUUGAAUAGUGUAAAUGAUGCAUCUGGUCAUUCAAUGAUACCUGUUUGUUUACUAAAUAAAACUAGAUAUAUGAUGACUUUGUAUAAUGCAGAAUAUGAUUAUCUUUUAAGAAUGGAGAACAAGGGCUUACCUAUAUUUCAAAAUGAGGAUUUUAAUGAACUUAAUUUUAGUGCAGUUAUUGACUUGUGGAUGAUGAUUCACCAUUUCAUAUUUUCCUCAGUGCCAUCUGAAGAAGAUAUACAAAAAUUUGAAGGAACUUUUCAUCUGGCCACAAAACUAGAUGAGAAAUUUACAGAAAUUGUGAAAAGCUCGAAAUUUGAUUAUGUGCUAGAUGUAGAUAAUACAUCAAGAAAGCCAAAAGAUGCUUCAUGGAACCGUUCUAGUUGUCCUGUUCCAACUUGUACAACAGAAGUAUGGAAAGUAAAAAAGUUACAUCCUUUCCCUGAAAAUUGGAUGAAAAUACCAGCAAAGUUCAAAGAUCAAAUUAAGAACGAGUUUCAAAUUACAGAUGAAAUGCAUGCAUGUUGUUCAGUGUGUUUAGAUAGAAUUAUGAGGAGAAUAAAUCAGCAGAAAACUACAUGAAGAGUUUGCUGGAAAGAUACAUAAGGUUAACAGUCAUCAAGACAACCUUGGUUUUUCGUUUGAUCUUCAAGCAUGAUCAAUAAAAGAACUUAUGUGCAGAUUGACUUUAAGUCCUUAAGAACUACAUGCAAGGGAUUAGAAGUGGUGGAAUACUUAAGAGGAAACCAGACUACCUAUCCUUAAAAGAUGCAAUCUCACCUGCCUAUCUGGACAUAUUUAACAAUAUUCAAUAAAUCAACUGACAUUUCAAUAAACCAAUGCACAUACAUUCAUUUGUAAGAAGUGGUUAUUAUUCAAGACUCGAUAAAUUAAAUUAUUUGGAGGAAGGAAGUCUUGUAACUUAUAUCUAUUUCAUAUGCAUCAUUCAUGUUGAAAGACAUUAUACAAAGAAAUAAUAAAUCAAAGUGCUUUUGAGUACUGAAGGUAAAA